AAAAUUAUUGUAAUAAAAAUAUUUAUGAAAAACACUCUCACAAUUGACAGUCUCAUGCUUAGAAACCCAGAAAUUAAUUUAACUUUUAUUAAUAAUUUUAGAAUAUAUUUUCAUUAUCCAACAUCUUAUUUGCUCUAAUAUAUACCUAAGUUUGAUUUGUUAGCUAUUUUAGAGAUUUCUUUUUGCUAAAUUGUGAUUUCAUACCAUAUAUUAUACAUGUAUAAUAAAGGUGUAAUAUGAAAAGAGGCAAUUUGGUUGGUGGGUCUGUGGAUUAUAGGCCAAUUCUAGCAUUUCGGAGGCUUUAUAUACUGCAGAAGAUUAAAAUGUUUUCUGGGUCUAACAAUUUUUUGCUUUUUCUCAAUCAACAGCAGAAAUAUUUGUGUGUAAUAUGAAAGCCAAACCUUCGAGGAAGAGUCGGAGUAACGGUGGUAAAGGCGGAUUGAAGAAGAUGAUGAAGUGCAUUUUCUUAGGGAAGCAAGUUAGGGAAGAUGAAGCAGCUGAAUCAUCAGAUUCUUCCUUAGCUACCAGGGAUUAUUCAGCCAGUGGUGGUUUUUCAGGUCAAGCUGGGGAGGUUGUCCCAAAGACGAACAUGAGCACUAUUGAAGAAGCUGAAUUAUCUCUUCGUGCAAGUGGUUACUUGAACUAUGAGGAAGCCAGAGCUUUGUUAGGAAGGCUUGAGUACCAGAAGGGAAACAUAGCAGCAGCACUUCGCGUUUUUGAAGGUAUUGACAUUGAUGCAGUUAUGCCUAAUAUCAAAGUUUCAUUAGCCGGGAGAUGUGAUCUGCAAAAACGGGAUUCACAGAGUGAUGUAGUGCUGCCCAUGUCAAUGCAUGCUGUUAGUAUCCUUAUUGAAGCAAUUUUUCUCAAAGCAAAGUCAUUGCAGGCCCUUGAAAGGUUUGAAGAAGCUGCUCAAUCAUGCCAGGUGAUUGUGGAAACUGUAGAGUCUGCGAUACCAGAGGGUUUGAACGGACGGUUUUCCACCCACUGUAAAAUGCAAGAGACCUUGGAUAGUACAGUGGAGUUGCAACCUGAGUUGUGGAAACUUGCUUUGUCCCCCAAUAAAGCAAUUUCAUCAUACCGUCAUGCAUUACUCUAUAAUUGGAAUCUUGACAUGGGAACUCAAGCAAGGAUUGAAAAAGAAUUUGCAAUUUUUCUAUUGUACAGUGGUACUGAUGCAAGCCCCCCAACGCUUUGUUUCCAAGUGGAAGGGGCAUAUGUUCCUAGUGACAAUAUAGAAGAGGCAAUUCUACUUCUUUUGCUCUUGCUGAAGAAAUUUCUUCAGAGAAGGAUUGACUGGGAUCCAUCAAUCGUGGAUCAUCUUUCCUUUGCGCUAUCUACAUCUGGAGAUUUAAGCAUCCUAGCCCGUCAAUUAGAAGAAUUACCUGCUGGUGCCAUUGACAGGAAGGAGAAUUAUAGCAGCCUUGCGCUAUGUUAUCAUGGACUAGGAGAAGAUAAGGUUAGCUUAAACCUACUGAGGAAUCUUCUUAAUGACCGCGAAAUUCACAACUGCACGCAUGAACUAUUACUUGCUUCGAAAAUAUGUGCUAAAGAUACAAAUUUCUCUGAAGAAGGGAUCAAUUAUUCUGGAAAAGCGAUCAAGAGAUUGGAAGGAGACUGUGAACAACUGUCCUGUAAAGCCACCUGCUUGUUAGGUGUUUUGUCAUCAGCACAAUCCAAAUUGCUUACUUCUGACUCCAAAAGAGCACGGAUGCAAUCUAAAGCUCUAGACCUGUUGGGAACUGCUGAAGCAAUGACGAAUGAAACAGACGCAAACGUCAUAUAUCAGCUUGCCUUAGAAAAUGCUGAGCAGCGGAAGUUGGAUAUUGCACUCUCGUAUGCAAAAAAGUUGCUGAAACUGGAGGCUAGUUCAGGUACUGCAGGAUGGGUUCUUCUGGCUCGUAUACUCUCUGCUCAGAAGCGCUACAUUGAUGCAGAAACUAUAGUCAAUGCUGCUUUGGAACAAACUGGGAAGUGGGAACAUGCUGAAUUAUUGAGAACUAGAGCAAAACUCGAAAUUGCUCAAGGCAAAACUAAGAUUGCCAUACAGACAUAUACUCAUCUUCUUGCAGUUCUUCAAGUUCGGAAGAAAAGUAGUGGGCCUUUUGGCAUCAAGAAAAAGAUUAUAGAGAGGAAGGAGGAAGAUAAAAUCUUGGAGAUGGAGACAUGGCAUGACCUGGCCAACGUGUACACAAGCCUAUCACAAUGGCGAGAUGCUGAGAUCUGCCUCUCAAAAUCAGAGGCACUAUGUCCUCAUUCUGCUUCUAGAUGUCAUUCCAGAGGUUUACUUUACCUAGCGAAGGGACUCGAAAAAGAAGCUCAGAAGUCUUUUUGGGAUGCGCUGGACCAGGAUCCCAACCAUGUUCCUAGCUUGAUUUCCAUGGCUCAAAUUCUUGUGCAAUUCGGAGAUCAAACCCUGCCAAUUGCCAUAACCUUUAUCAGGCAAGCAAUUCGUCUUGACAGGACUAAUCAUACAGCCUGGCACAUUCUUGGGUUGCUACAUCGAUCCGAACCUGAAGGUGCAGCAACAACUGAAGCUCUUGAAUGUUUUGAGGCUGCUGCUCUUCUUCAAGAAACUGCUCCUGUUGAACCGUUCAGUUAGGUGUUUCCCUGUUGUACAGGUCUUAUUGUUAUAGAAAAUUUUCUGCUGGAAACUCACUGGCUCUCGGGCCAGGAAGGUUUUCUAACAUAGGGAAUCAUAGAUGGAUAGACCACAGUUUUAAGUCAAUUUAUCAUAAACCACAGUUUUGAAUAGCAAUUGCCCCUAGUAUCUUGCUGCUUGAUUUUGCAAUCUAGUUCUUUGCUUUUCAUGGAUAAGAACUAGGUUGCAAACUUGCAAGUACUUUAAAUAUGCAUCGUAUUUUGAUUCAUAUGCAUAGCCUAGGAUAUCUAUCGGCUGGCUUUAGUGCAAUCAUAUCAUUAUUAUUUGGUAAUGAGAUCUUGAAUUUGAAUAGAAGUUUCAGAAAAUUUAUAGGA